AUGUUGAAGGCCAUUCGGUGGGCGGGACAAAACGACGACGUCAAGAUCAUUGUCAUGACAGGAAACGGUAAAUUCUUCUGCACCGGCAUGGAACUAGUCAGUGACGAGGAGAUGUCCUUCGCACCCGGGUCGGACUUCCAUCAACUUAACAAGGAACUUAUUUUGUGUGAGAAGAUCCUAAUUGCCGCGGUGAAUGGGCCUGCUGUUGGAUAUGGUGCCAGCAGCCUUGCAUUGCUUGAUUUGGUCUAUUCCAUCCCGGACGCCUAUUUCUUCACACCGUUCGUCAAAUGGGGAAUGGCCCCAGAGGCUGCUUCGAGUCUGACGUUCGCAAAGCUUAUGGGCCACCAGAGGGCAUCAUUGUUAUGUCUUACAGCGGAGCGGAUCCUAGCCCCAGAGGCGAAGGAAUUAGGUCUGGUCACCAAGAUCCUCCCAGCCGCAAACUUUCUGGACCAAGUUAUCGAGAUCGCAGAAAACCUUGCCCUGUCCCCAACUGGUUCUCUCUUGGGAACUAAACGAUUAAUGAAACAACCAGUUAUCAACGAGUUACUGGAAGCAAAUGAUCGUGAAUGCUAUCUUAUCCAUGAGGAGAGGAUACCAAGUGGGGAUCCUGCAAGGGGCAAAGAGCAAUUCCAAAGUGCGCAACGCCAGAAACGCAGACUUAAAGAUAAUGGACAUGCUAAGGGUUGUCUGUAA